AGCUGUCCCUGGGCAGCUCAGGUGGGGCCUUGGCUGUGGCGGAGGAGUCAUCGGGAGCCAAGCCCCUGAGGGGAGACCGAAGGCGGGGCGCGGCAGGACAGGGCGGAGUGGGACGCGACUGCUGUUGGCCAGCAGCUCCAGGCCUCGCGUCCACCUGUCCUCCAGCUCGUGCUGAGGUCGGUCGGCGGGGCCCACGCGGGCCUGGGUCCAUGGCGGCGUCGGGGGCUCUGUCUGCCGCGGCGGCAGCAGCGGCCCUGUCGGGCGUGGCAGUGCGGCUGGCGCGCUCAGCCGCGAUUCGCGGCUCGUACGGUGCCUUCUGCAAGGGGCUCACACGCACGUUGAUCACCUUCUUCGACCUGGCCUGGCGUCUGCGCAUGAACUUCCCCUAUUUCUACAUCGUGGCCUCGGUGAUGCUCAACGUGCGCCUGCAGGUGAGGAUCGAGUGAACGCCGGCUACCACCUCCGCCCGGUCGCGACGGCGGGGGCAUCAGCAUGAAGGAUCACGGGUCUGGGGGCCGCCGGGACGCUCCGGGGGACGCGGAAGGGGCGAAUCAGGCCUCCGGGCCCUAGACCUCCACGGAGGACGCAGCCACCGAGCCCCGGCUCUGGCCAGCCAUGUCGCGGCCGGUGACGAACUGCACUGAAACUCUCAAAACGGGUCCUUUCCAUCGAACUCGAGAAAAUUAUCUGAAUGCAGCCGACCUGUUGCCUCACUUUGGCCGAAGAGGGGAGCAGAAGGAAGAAAUUCUUCAGUAGGGACAUGAAUGACUGACCCCGACCGAAAAGGCUGCCCCUCCUGCUAGGAUCACCCAGGAGCAGCUGCUCUGGAUGGGCCUGCAGCGGUCCUGGCUGUGCUGCUGACUGGUGCACCAGGAGUGGCACUGAGGGGAGCCGGGAGAGGCCCUGGCCCUCACCCCUCAUCCCAGAUCCACAUCUGCUCCCUCACUGAUUGCUCGGGGUCCUGGUCCUCAGUUCCCGGGACUAAGAACCACAGCAGCAUGGUUGCCUCCGGGACAGAGGGGCAGAGCCUCACACCAUGUGCCCUCCUCAACCACCCGGGUCCCGGCUGAAGAUCUCUGCCUGCCUCACCCCGAAGCCUGAGGCUGCACCCAGGCUACCACAUGCCCCCCGCAGAUUCCCACAGAUGGAAGGGUCCUGAUGGCUUCCUCCCUUGUGCCAAGUUGCCUGGAAACCCCUGGUCCUGGUGGCUCCUCCUCCACCCCAACUGUGUCUCUCCAGGACCACUUCCAGGAGCCUGCCAGCCUUCGGACUGCAUCCCUGGAGCUCUGGGGACAGCCUCUGAGAGACUGUGACAUGGGGCUGCAGGGGAGGAGAGGAGCGGAGGACCAGGGGCCUCCUUGGGGCUGAUGCAUAAAUGUGCCCUUUUCAAGUUUCGGUGAUUGGAUCCCCAGCCGCAGCCUCCUGGGCCAGCCUGAGAGGACCUGGGGAGGGCACUAGGGAGGGUCUUUACUUACUAUGUGUGUGCCAGUGUGUGAAUGUGUGUGUGAGUGCCCAUGUGAGUGCAUGUGUGAGUGUGGGAUGUGUGUGGGGAUGUAUGUGCGAAUGUGUAUGCACAUGCAUGAGGGCUUGAGUGUGUGAGUGUGUGGGUGUGUGUGUGGAUGAGUGUGUGGGUAUGAGUGCAGAUGCAUGAAUGCACAGAUGUUUAUGUGUGAAUGUGCGGGGGUGUGUGUGAGUGUGAAUACAUGUAUCAGUGUGCAUUUGUGAAUGGGUGUGUGUCUGUGCACAAGUGUGUAAUUGCUUGUGCACACACGAGUGACCACGCGCUGCAGAGCGUGCAGAACUAUUUAGCAGGUGUGCAGUGCAGGAUGGGCUCCCUGUCCUUCCCGGGCUUGCAGCUCUGUUGGAGCUGCCUGGGCCCUGGGAGGCUGCUUCCCAAAGUGGAGAAAGUAUGUUGGAGAUUCAGGGGCCUUGGGCUCAGAGACCCCUUGCCACCUGCAGAGAAUCCCCCCCUCCUUGUGGGGCUCUGGCUGGGGGCUGUCUGCCCCCAAAGACAUUGGCUGUGGGAAGGUCAGGGACACGUCCUCAGCACGUGUUCCUGCAACUGCUUUUCUUACCAUUUUGAUCUUGAGUAGUUUGUUGCUUCUGCUCUCCCACCUCUUCCUCAUCUCCCGACUGAGCCCUUGCUAUUCUCUAUGCACUUUAUUUGCAGUCUGUUUUUCAGGCAGUGGAGCUUCUAUACAAUCACUGACUUGAAUAAGACAACUUUUCCUUUUCUGUGUGUGAUGAACUCUGCACCAGUAAGCGCAGUCUGGUCAGAGAAAUGUUCUUGUUUCCAGUGUUGUCAAAUCUUGUGUCUAAGUUAAUAAAAAAAUCCCUUGAAUUGAAUAAACUAAAAACUGGA